UACCGACGGACUGAAGUUUGAAGUUGCGUCUUGAAGUUUGUGGUGGAAAUCGCUUAGAAUCAUACUUGGAGUUGUAAGUGCCUGUGAAAAUUAGUUGACACAACUAUUGACAUUCGCUGCCUGGGGCCUCGUGUCUUCGUACUGUCGUUACCUCGCUAGGUGAUCUAAAAAGCCUGAAAUUGGAUUAACAUCAGUCGGAGCUAAACUAAUUUAGCUAGCAAGCAACAGCGGCGUUUGUUUCCAAUCUAUGCGUUAGCAAGCUGCUAGUUGGAGGCCUAUCUUCUUUUCCACUCAAUUACACCCCAUGGCAGGACCUUACAAUUACCCUGUCACUGUCAGUGUGUUUUAAGGGUCGCUGAAGGGGAAAGGGGAGUUCAUAAGCCCUUACACGGUCUUUCUACACCCCCUGGUUGAUAUAACGGUGAAUAUUUGUCUAUUCUGGCAAAGCUAACUAGUAAAGUCUGACAGUUUAGCUCUGACAUGGAUGACUACCAUCAUCGAUAUGAUACUUCUGGCCGCGGUCGAGAGAACAAAAUGCACCGCAAAAAGGGUUUUGCUGCUGGAGUGGUCAUGGGAAGUUCUGGAAGUGAAGAUGCUGAAAGAAAACCUAAAUUUCAAUUAAACAUUAAAAAUCUCACGGAUGAUGUGCUGGAUCGCUUUGCCAGCCUCCGGAUCCCAGGCAAGAAGGAGCGUCCACACCUGUCCCACAUUAAGCCCUCCUCCUCUGCCUCCUCCUACUCCUCCUCCUCCUGCGAUGGACCCACCUCCGCCGAGUUUGAGGAGCUCUCCCGCAAGAUCACCUCUGAGAAGGAGAUACUGGCCCUGUUUGAGAAGAUGAUGGAGGAUAUGAACCUGAACGAGGAAAAGAAAGCCCCUCUGAGGGAGAAAGACUUGGGCAAAAAGCGAGAGAUGGUGAUUCAGUAUGUCAUGACGGCAGCCAAAACGGGCGGUUUGAGGAGCAGCCAGGUUUCUCCCCAAGAGUUUCUGAACGAGCUGAAGUCUGGAGCUGUGGACGAGCGCCUCUUCGCCUGCCUGGACUCUCUCCGCGUGUCUCUCACCAGCAACCCUGUCAGCUGGGUGCAGAGCUUUGGCCAUGAGGGACUGGGGCUACUGCUGGACACCCUGGAGAGGCUGCUCUUCAAGAAACACCAAGAGAAAGUGGACCGAAAGAGUCAACAUAAAGUUAUCCAGUGUCUCAGAGCCUUCAUGAAUAACAAGUAUGGUCUGGAGCGGAUCCUGGGGGAGGAGAAGAGUCUGGCUCUGCUGGCGCGCGCGAUGGACCCCGGCCAGCCGGCCAUGAUGACGGACGUGGUCAAGCUGCUCUCCGCCAUAUGCAUAGUGGGGGAGGAGAACACGCUGGAGAAAGUGCUGGAGGCCAUCACCAGUGAGGGUGAGCGACGGGAUGUGAGCCGUUUCACCCCCAUAGUGCUGGGCCUCAAGGACCGCUCUGUGGCUCUACAGGUGGCGUGCAUGCAGCUGAUCAACGCGCUGGUGACGUCUCCUGACGAGCUGGACUUCAGGCUGCACCUGCGCAACGAGUUCAUGCGCAGCGGCCUCAGAGACGUGCUGUCGCAUCUGAGCGCAGUGCGUAACGAGGCCCUGGACAUCCAGCUGAAGGUCUUUGAGGAACACAGAGAGGAGGACAUGAUUGAGUUCUCCCAUCGCCUUGAGGACAUCAAAAGCGAACUGGACGAUGUGAGUGACGUGUAUAACGUGGUGCUGAGCGUGGUGCGGGAGACGCAGGCCGAGCCUCACUUCCUCUCCAUCCUGCAGCACCUCAUGCUCAUACGCAACGACUACUUCAUCAGGCCUCAGUACUUCAAGAUCAUAGAUGAGUGCGUGUCACAGAUCGUGCUGCACCGCAGCGGGACCGAUCCUGAUUUUACCUACCGCAAACGCCUCGAUGUGGACUUCAGUCACCUCUUAGAUGUAUGCGUGGAUAAAGCUCGGACUGAUGAGUUUGAGCAGAGGGCGUCCGAAUUGGCACAGCAGUAUGAUGAGGAGUUUAUUGGGCGUCAAGAGGCUGAAGCUCAGGUGUUGAAGAGAGAGGAGCGCAUCACGGAGCUGGAGGCGGAAGUUCAGGCCUACAGGGCUCAGUUUGGAGCUGUGGCGGUCACCUUGCCCUCGGCCCACUCUGGCCAGCCGUUCCCCUCCUCCCCCGGUUGCCAGGCGCCUCCUCCUCCUCCUCCUCCACCUCCCCCCGGUCCCGGAGGAGCAGGGCCUCCUCCACCACCUCCGCCACCUCCCUUGCCCGGCAUGAUGGGUGCCCCUCCUCCUCCUCCUCCACCCUGCGGCAUGCCUCCUCCGCCACCCCCGGGGGGGCUCAUGGCGUCCCCGACGCAGAAGCAGCUGCCUUUCGGCCUGCGCCCCAAGAAGGAGUUCAAGCCGGAAACGUCCAUGAAGCGCCUCAACUGGGCCAAGAUUCGUCCUCAGGAGAUGUCAGAGAGCUGCUUCUGGAUAGCUGCCAACGAGGGCCGCUACGAGAGUUCGGACCUGCUCACCAGACUAGCCGAAACAUUCAGCUCAAGCAGAUCCGCUAAGAGAGAGGAGGACAUGGAGCACAAGAAGCCCUCCAUCAAGAAGAGAAUCAAGGAGUUGAAGGUGUUGGAUCCAAAGAUCGCCCAAAACCUCUCCAUCUUCUUGGGCUCUUACCGGAUGCCUUAUGAGGAGAUCCGGAGAGUGAUUCUGGAGGUCGAUGAGGAGCAUCUCUCGGAGCCCAUGAUCCAGAACCUGGUGAAGCACCUCCCUGAACAGGAGCAGCUCACCGCGCUGGCGCAGUUCAAGAGCGAAUACAACAGCCUGUCUGAACCGGAGCAGUUUGGAGUUGUGAUGAGUGGGGUGAAGCGCCUUAAGCCGCGCCUAAACUCCAUCCUGUUCAAGCUGCAGUUCGAGGAGCUGGUCUCCAACCUGAGACCGGACAUCCUGGCGGUGAGCUCGGCCUGCGACGAGGUGCGGCGUAGCAAGAACUUCAGCCGACUGCUGGAGCUGGUGCUGCUGCUGGGAAACUACAUGAACGCUGGCUCGCGCAACGCACAGUCAUUCGGCUACGAUCUCAGCUCACUUUGCAAGCUGAAGGACACCAAGUCUGCGGACCAGAAGUCGACCCUGCUGCACUUCCUGGCGGAGGUGUGUGAGGAGCGAUACCCAGAGGUGCUGCGCUUUGCAGACGAACUGCAGCACGUGGACAGAGCAAGCAGAGUGUCGGCAGAGAACUUGGAGAAGAGCUUGCGUCUGAUGGAGAGACAGCUGCAGCAACUGGACAGAGACCUGCAGACCUUCAGCUCCCCACAAGACGAAAACGACAAGUUCACCACCAAGAUGACCAGCUUCUUCCAGCAGGCCGGGGAGCAGUACCAGAAGCUGGUGACGAUGCACAGCAGCAUGGCCACCCUCUACAACUCCCUGCUGGCCUACUACGCCAUGGACCCCAAGAAGACCUCCAUCGAGGAACUCUUCACAGACCUCAGCAACUUCAGGGCCAUGUUCACACAAGCAGUGCGGGAGAAUGUGAAGCAGCGGGAGGCGGAGGAGAAGCAGCGCAGGGCUCGUCUGGCCAAGGAGAAGCAGGAGAGGGAGAAACAGGAACGCCAGCUCAAGAAGAAGAGACUACUGGAGGUCAACGCAGAGAGCGAUGAGACGGGGGUGAUGGAUAGUCUGCUGGAGGCCCUACAGUCUGGAGCUGCCUUCCGAGACCGCAGGAAGAGAGCACCCCGGCCCAGAGAUGAUCCCACUCAGUCAUUCAGCCCCAGCUCUCAGCGACCCGUUCUGAAGCCCAGUAGUCACGAAGACGACGCCCAGACAGUCAGCGCUACUACUACCACUACCGCCCACAGACCCAUACUCAAGCCCUGUAACCACGAAAACAUAAAGCCCGUCCAGAGGUCUCGUUCGAGGCAGAACAUGAUGAUGACCUCCUGCUCCUCCUCCUCGUCCUCCACGCGGCCCCCCACCGCGUCUUCCGCUCGCCCUCCUCCCGCCACCUCUACCCGGGAGCCCCACCAGGAGGCAGAGCCCCCCCGCAGGCCCGCCCAGCGGCCCAGCCAGGAGAAGGAGAAGAAGGAGAGAGAGAGAGAUCGCGAUGCCGAGACGCCUACCGCCGCCACCCUGGCGGCCCCACCUCCGGCCCUCAACGGGGGGGAGACGGACGUGGAGGCUCUGCUGGCUCGACUCAGGGCACUAUGAUGAGCUUGAAUGGAAUGGAAGCGGCUUUUAAACUUCCGACACAUCACCACAAGCACCACUUCACUUCUGAACCUUUGGGCAAUUGAGGGCAACUUCAUUAAGGCUUCACCUCCUCAGCUCUGCAUAGUGUUCACUGUAUCUGUAUGCCUUUGUAAGUGCUGGGUGUGCUUUGCCUGUUUCUUUGGGGGGGGGUUUUCUAUCUGUCUUUCCCUCGCUAGCUAGCUCUGUCUACUCUUCCCUUCUCCCUCUUGUCUUUCUCCCCCACAAACCACAUCUCUCUCUCUCACUCUCCCCCCCCCUCUCUCUCUCUCUCUCUCUCUCUCUCU